AUGAUAUUUAAUGUUCAUGUAUUGAUAUAUGGUAUACGUGAUAUAUUUGUUAAUUUAAUUCAUUCACUUGUUAAAAUAACUGAACAAGAUCCAAUAUUCUUAUCAUUUUUAUUAACAAUUCUUUUAUUUAGUCAAGGUUUAUCAAUGAAUGAAAAUGAACCAAGUUUAAAAGAUUCAUUAAUUGUGAAUCAAUUUCAAUCUUAUUAUAUUGAAUUACUUUGA